AUGAGAGUUUAUCCUAGAUUAGAAGGACCUUAAAAUAUACCUUCUUUCAAUAAAAUUGUAAAGUGUUCUUCUCAUGGUAAAAUGUGUACUAUGGUUUGCAUGAUGAACAAAUGCGAUGACAGAACUCUCUGUGCAGAUUGCAUUUUAGAUCAUACUCAUAGCCAUUUAUCUAAAAUAAUUCCACUUAAAGAAUUCAAUGAACAAACAAGUGUGAUACCACAAUUAAUAUAAAGGGAAAUUCUUCAAGUGAGAUCUUAGGUUUUUUCACUUUAAAAUUAAUUAGUAACAGCAAAGGAAACACGCAAAAAAGAGUUUCGGUCAGUUAUAGCUUCGAUCAAAGAUAUAUUUAGACAAGAAAUUGAAACUAUUGAAAAAGAAGGUAUCACAUUUCUCGAAAAAUUCUUUAAUAAACACACUGAAGAUAUUGGAAAAUAGCUUUAUAUUAUCCAAGGACAUUUAAGUUCAUUGGCUCCUUACCUUUCUGAUAACGCUUUAUCAGUUUAAUCUUCUUAAAUAAACAAUUUGCUAAAUUACCAAGAUACCUUACUUUCUUAAGUUCUUCCUUAAUUAGAAACAAAAACUAGAGCUCUUUCCAAAGAAAUAGUUGAAACAGAUAUAUUCUUAAAUAAUUAAACAUAUAUAAAUCGUGUGUAAAGAGAACUCAGUAAGUCAUUAAAUAUUCGAUUACUUUUCACCAAAGAAGACCCAAUCAAAGCAGCUAGGCAAUCAGUAGACUUAGAAUCAAUAACCAAGAGCAAAUCAAUGAUUUUAAAUCCGAGAAUUUCUGCUGAUAAUUUAAUAAGUAGUUUAUCAUAAGGGCCUGUAAUACAUAUUCCAAAAGAUAGAAUUCAAGCAGAUGUACAUUCAGAUGAAUUGCAUAAAGACAAAGAUGUUAUGAAGGUAUUUAGUAACCACUUUGAUGUAGUAAAUUGUGUGUGUAUUAUUGAUAAUUCUAAAUUUUCUAGCGCUGGAGGGGAUAAGACCAUCAGGAUAUGGGAUAUUGAUUCAGGAUACUAACUUGCGAAUAUGCACGGCCAUUAAAAGGAUGUGUGGGCAUUGCAGAGAAUAAGUUCUAUCAUCAUAGCUUCUGCAAGUGCCGAUAAGACAAUUCGAAUGUGGAAUAUAGAAGCGAUUUAAUGUGUUCAGGUUUUAAAUGGUCAUACUGAUGUAAUAAAGUGUCUAUGUUACUGCAGUGAUAAACAAAUUCUGGUUAGUGGAGCAAUAGAUAAUGUAAUAAAAUUUUGGGAUUUACAAGUUUAAAUGGAUUUAAAGAAUACUUUAAAUAUUCAUUCUGGAAUGAUAAGGAGUUUAUGCUAUAUAGAAGUGAAGGGUUUAGUAAUCAGUGCAAGUAGUGAUAAUUUAAUUAAAGCAACAAGCAUAGAUACGUAUAAAGUUUAAAAAACAUUAUCUGGUCACUAUGGAGAAGUUAACACAGUGAUUUAUCUUUAUGAAAAAAAUUAAGAUAGCUUUAUAGCAUCAGCAGGAGUUGAUAAAAAUAUUUACAUAUGGAAUGUUGAUCAAGCAUAACAAGUUAAAUAAUUUAAAGGACAUUAUGACUCAAUUAAUACUUUAGCAUACUCUAAAAAAUAUGAAGCAUUAAUAAGUGGGUCUACAGAUAAACUUAUUCUAGUGUGGGAUAAAAAUGGGAAAAUUAAAAAUAGAAUUAAAGUCCAUAGUGCUCUUGUUAGUGGUUUAGGUUAUUUAGAAAGAAGAAACCUGUUAAUAUCCUCUGGUUGGGACAAUUUAGUUUUUGUUCAAUAUUUUAAAUUAUUUGAUGAUAAUGAAUUUGCUUGA